AUGGCUGAUAAUGAUAAUAGUUUAAAUAAACAAGUUGAAACUUUAAAAAAUGAUGCAAUUUCAACAGGUAAAACAGCAGUUGAAUUAGCCCAAGAAAAAGGUGCAAAUGUUUAUAAUGAAACAACCAAUGCAAUUAAUGAAGGUGUUAAAUAUGUUUCAGAUUCAAUUUCAACAGCAGUAGAGGUUACAAAAGAUGCAGCAGUGAAUAUGUACAAUACAACCACCAAUGUAAUGAAUGAAGGAUAUGAAACAUUGAAAACCAAAACAAAUGAAAUAAUUAGUGGAGCAAUAGACAAUAGUGAACAAGUGAAAGAAGAUGGCUCUAAAAAAGUUGAAGAUGUAAAAGAGACAGCAAAUGAAAUUACAAAUGAUUUAAAGCAAAAAAGUGAAGACUUAAAAGAAGAUGCUUCAAACAAAGUUGAAGAAGCAAAAGAUAAAGCAAAUGAAAUUACAAAUGAUUUAAAUAAAAAAGGUGAAGACUUAAAAGAAGAUGGAUCUAAAAAAUAUGAAGAAGCAAAAGAUAAAGCAAGUGAAUUGACAACUGAUUUAAAGAAAAAAGGUGAAGAUAUAGUAGAUGACGCAAAUGAUAAGGUUGAACAAUUAAAAGUUAAAGGUACUGAAGUCUCUAAUGAUUUAAAAAAGAAAUCUGAUGAAUUAUCAAAUGAUCUAAAUGAAAAAUAUAAUGAUACAAAAAAAGAAACUGCAAAUAAAUUAAAUGAAAUAUCUGAUAAAUUAGAACAAUAA